AUGGAUGAAAUGACGCCGACUUCGAGGAAGUCCAAGACCACUUGUAUGCAAUGUCGUGCUCGGAAGUCGACCACCGAAAGUGGCCAUACUCUUCUGUCGAAUGAAGGUGCUUUGCCAGACCGUCAGGAAGUCGUUUCUUUGAUCGAGGCCUAUUUUCAGCACAUCUACGCGCUGCCCUGGUAUGCGUUCUUGCACAAACGAUCGGUGAUGCAAAGAUGCCACGAAGGGACGAUCGAAGACUGUUUGACAUUGGCAAUCUGUGCAGUGACGAGUCAACGUCUCAAGAUCGAGCCAUACGCUCGGGAACUGAGUGCCCAAUGGGCUCAGAGAGCCGAAGACUUCCUCCUGGAGAACUUGGAAUGUCCUUCCACUUCUCGACUUCAGGCCCUUAUCUUAGUUGUGCGAUACAGGGUGGAAGUAGGUCACUUCUCGAGAGCUUUUAUGCUUGCUGCACUGGCUGGCCGAUCUGCUGUUGCGCUUCGAUUGAACUAUGAACGCCCUGAACUGCGUUUUCUGGCCCAAGAAGUCCGUCGGCGGCUGAUGUGGUCAUGUUUCGCCCUCGAUGGCAAUUUCUCUGUCGGCCUGCGCGAAUUCGAGACGUGCCCGCCAGAGAACGUCUUCCUUCAACUUCCAUGUCCGGAGACGGCAUUCGAACAGGAUGCGCCGGUGGAAACAGCCCCAUUGAGGGCAAUCUCUUUCGACAGACCUGAGCGCAUUGGCACCUAUGCUGCAUGCAUAAGGCUGGCGGCCAUAAGAACAGACAUCAUGAGACUGACUCGCCGGCUUGCGUCCUCAGUGGUUCCUCCGGGGGAGCUCAUGCAUACGGUUCGGCGAUUUGAAGAUGAAUUGCAGCACUUAUACCGCAGCCUUGCCGACUCUGAUCGAUACAACUCUAAGAUCUUCUCCUACUGUGAAAGACCAGCCAGAAUCCUCAUGGUACACGAAUGUUGGCACCAAGCAUAUACUGAUUUGUAUCGAAUCUUUUUGACAGGGUACCGAGAGGCUGCCCCUCCGACGGCCAUGGAAGGCAUCAACCGUGAGGAUAUUCUCCGAAGGCGUACUCUGUGUUUGAACCACGCAUUGUCAAUUGUCCAGAUCUUUGCAGCAUUCUCAGAGCAAUGCAAGGUCCUGACCAUUGACUUUGACACGGCGAUUUGCGCGUACCAUAGCGCUAGAAUCAUCCUCUUUAGCGCUCAAACAGAUGUUGUCACCCAAAGCCUGAGCAUGCCUGCGGCUCUGGAAAAGGCCCGCUUUUGUCAGUCUAUCAUGAACAGGUUUUUCCGUACCUCUCCCGUGGUGGAGCCGAUGAAGAAAGAACUCGAGAUGCUCAUCGCGCGCCAUUCGUCUCAGAGCACCAGCGCUGGCAUACAACUACCUCAGCCCGAAGAGGUACUGGAGGACCACUUAUCAAGACUCGCAGAUGAAGCUAGGACCAGACAACGCCUCGCGAUCCACAGUCUAAUAGGCCGAGCGGAUUUUGUUGACGACAGCAAUGAAGUGACCAGUCCUGCACCACCCCGGGACAAUAAUCUUAACGGCAAUUCGACCGCUUCCUUGAGAUCGCAACGCCAGCGUCAGCUAAGAAAUACUAUGACCGUCAAACCAAAUCCUCAAAUCCUCCUUUCUCAGAGUGUCCCUGAGCCGACCCCACCGGCACAGGCCAAGCAACCAGAUGGAAUCAUCGAAGGCGUAAGCAACGAACCAACGAACCACGCUCAAGAGGAUCAGAGCCAGUGGCUGGAUGGUAUGCGCCUCGCCUUUAAUCCUUGGAUGGGGUGGCCCGAAACGUUAGAAACAUAUGGAUUUUCGCAAGAUCUAGACGAUGAUUACUUCUAG